AUGUAUUAUUAUUUUUUUGUUUUGUUUGCAAUAUCUGUUAAUGGGUUGCUAAGAAAUAAAGACACUUCAGAUGCUAACAUUUUUGCGAGUAGCAAUGAUGGGAUCAUAGGAGAUGAUAAUAGCAUGAACACAUUUGGUAUGUCAGAAAAUGGAAGUUUAUAUUUAAAUGAAGAACCCAGUGAAAGCUUCUUAGAAAAUUGCAAUAUCAAUAGUUGUGUAGAUAUAGGCCAACCGAAUGGCAACAAAAUAAACACUCAAGAAGAUGGCAGCAAAAUAAACACUCAAGAAGAUGGCAGCAAAAUAAAUAUUCAAGAAGAUGGCAACAAAAUAAACACUCAAGAAGAUGGCAACAAAAUAAAUAUUCAAGAAGGUGGCAACAAAAUAAAUAUUCAAGAAAAUGGCAACAAUAACAGUAACGCCGAUUUAAAAAAAAAAACAGAAGACAUAAUAGAUGUAGUGCACACACAAAGGGAACCCCUACAAACUGCGGAAAAAGAAGAAAUAAAAAAUGACGUAAAAUUAAAAGAAAAUAGCACAAAUUUAAAAAAAAAUAAAGACGCUGACGAAAUGGAUGAUGAUAUGGAUGAUGAAAAUUUAGAUACUUCAGUCGAAGAUGAAUAUAACGACAAUGAGGAUGAAGAUGACGAUUUCGAAUCUGACGAUGAUAAGGAAGACGAUGAAAAGGAAAACCAAAAACAAAAUCAAAAAGAAAAAGAAAAACAUAGUGAAGAACAAAGCGAACAAAACGAAGAACAAAACGAAGAACAAAACGAAGAACAAAACGAAGAACAAAACGAAGAACAAAACGAAGAACAAAACGAAAAACUUUAUAAACAAAUUAUAAUAGAUAAUGAUAAAGAGACAGAAAUAAGUGGAAAUAAAAAUACAAAAGAAAAUAUUCUUGGAGCAAAUCCAGAAAAUAAGAUGGAGAUGUCAGAUGAAGGGAGUAAUCCCCAACUCCCCAAGUUUCGGAUUCAUACUGAAAAAAAUAACAUCAAAAUUAAAAAUGAAAGAAAUAAAAUUGGUAAUAAAUAUAAUAUUGAAUUUAACAAUAAGAAUGCUAAUCAAAUGGGGAAUACGGAGAAUAGAAAAAUGGGUAAUAGGAUUAAUAAUAGGUUGGAUAUUUCAAAUAAUAAAAAAAUUUCUUAUGAAAUGCAAAAUAUUCAAAACGAUAAUCAACACGCUGGAAAAUUUGAAGACGGUAAAAACUUAGGCGGCAAAAAAUUGGGAGAUAAAAAAUUGGGAGAUAAAAAAUUAGGCGGUAAAAAAUUAGGCGGUAAAAAUGGUGGGGUCAUAACUAGCCAUGUUGAUAAAAAAAAUAUCGAGAAUGAUGUUGCUGAAAUAGACCAAGAAAAUGAUGAGGAAGAUGAAAAAGAUGAAGAAGAUGUAGAAAAAGAUGAAGAUGUAGAAAAAGAUGAAGAUGUAGAAAAAGAUGAAGAUGUAGAAAAUGAAGAAAAUGAAGAAAAUGUAGAAAAUGAAGAAAAUGUAGAAAAUGAAGAAAAUGAAGAAAAUGUCGAAAAUAAAAAAAUGCAUGGUAAAAAUAAAACUUCAUUUUCAAACGAAAUCGAAAAUAUAAAUGAGCCUACAAAAGAUGAGAAAAAUACAAAUGUAAGUCAAAAGACAAUUUUAAAAGAAGAUAACAAAUGUAAUAAUGAAGAGAAUGGUAAUUGCUCUAAAACAAUAUCUGAAAAAAUAGAAAAUACCAUUUUGCAAACGAACAAUAUAAAUCAGAAUCUUCGUGAAAUUAAAGAAAGGAAAGGAAACACAAAACCAUCUUUAAAUAUUUCAGAAAAUUAUGAUCCCAAACCAGAACAAGACUACGAAUCAAACAUGUUUACUAUUGACAAAAGAAUGCACAACAAGUUGAAGAAUAUAGAUGUAAUACUUCGUGGGUUAAAUGAUAAAUUAAAUCAUCAUAAGGAUUUAAAAAAUCUCGAACUAAAAUUAAAAUUUGAAACUAUGGGACGAAUAAAAAAAUAUAAAAUAUACAAUGAGGUUAUCCAAAAAGCGAUAGAAACUUUGACUCAGCGUUUAAUUAACGACGAUUUAAAUAAAUUAAAAGAAGCUUCAUCCAUUUCUCUCCAAAAAUAUAUAAAUGAAACAGGCUAUGGAUUGGGGCUAUUAAAUUUUCAAAAAAAUGAGAAAAAAUAA